AUGUACGUUAAGGGAAAAUGGGUCAACAAAUGUUUUUGUGGAAAAUGGCAUCAACGAAUCGUUUCCUGCUUACAAAGCCAAUUUAGCAGAAAUUGUGAGAAGAUGCUGGGUGGACUCCUCACAACCACUCUUGUGUUAAUUCUUGGAUACGCAUAUCCAGCUUUUGAGUGCUUUAAAACCAUUGAACGACGUGGUUCAGAUAACGCAGAAUUAAGAUUUUGGUGUAAAUAUUGGGUACUAAUCGCAAUACUUACAGUUUUCGAAAGAUUCGCGGAUAUAUUCGUUUCAUGGGUACCAAUGUAUUAUGAAAUGAAGCUAGGGCUUAUUAUCUACUUAUGGUAUCCUAAAACAAAGGGAACAGGGUAUGUAUACGAAACCUUGUUGAGGCCAUUUUUAUCGCGACAUGAGACCGAUAUAGAAAGACACUUAAAUGAAAUGAGAGCGAGAGCGUAUGAUGUGGCGAUUCACUAUUGGAACAAUUCCUCGGAGUUGGGACACGCUAAAUUUUUAGAAAUUUUACAGUAUAUAGCUUCGCAACCUACAAGACCAAGAUCCGAGGGGCCGCGAAAUUAUGAAAAUUUUGGUGACAGAAAUCCUCCGCCACCACCUUCUCCUCCGGUCGCUCCAACCACAGCUCCUCAGCUUGAUCAGGCUGAGGAGAGAGUGAUACCGACUGCUCCACCGAUGCCGAACAUUAGUCGUCGCCACCCUGCAAACCCAGGGGAGUUGGAGACCCCUGGAUCUCCAAGUGGACCCCCUUUGAAUCCCGCGGCAAAAGGUGAAUAA